AUGGACCUUUUAAAGAUCACAAAGGUCGAAAAUGUCCUACUUGAAAGAGGACGGAUUGCUGUGGUUGGAAGUCUUUACCUGACGUCGCAUAGAAUGAUCUUUAGAGGCCCACUUCAAAAGGAUGAAUUAUAUAUCUUAUAUCCACUUAUCCAUACCGUCGAGCGUCGUUCCCCUACUACGGAUCCCAAAUCUUGGCCUUUAACUAUUCGUUGUCGUGAUUUUAACAUUUACACUUUUUCAGUGGAAAUGCAAGAAGAUGCGAUCGAUAUUUUUAAUACAAUACAAAGAUUAACAUGUAUCGGUUCUAUCACACAAGUUUAUGCAUUUGAACAUAUAUUGGAAGAAAAACUUUCUUCAUCAGGCGGCUGGUCUGUCUAUGAUGUACUACAAGAAUACGAUCGAAUGGGUAUUGAUGGUUCAUGGAGAUUUUCAAAU